UGCCUUGUGCAUUUGAAGGUUAAUAUGUCUAGAACCUACCGUGAUGUUCCUCUCAAAGAGGAAGUACUGUCUACAAUAUCCACAAAAACAGUUGCUGCUCAUCCAUGGCAUGACCUAGAAAUUGGACCUGAUGCUCCAUGUGUUUUCAACUGUGUUAUUGAAAUUGGAAAAGGCAGCAAAGUGAAGUAUGAACUGGACAAGAAAAGUGGCCUUAUCAAAGUUGACCGAGUUUUGUAUUCAUCAGUGGUAUAUCCUCACAAUUAUGGCUUCAUCCCCCGAACCAUUGGUGAUGAUAACGAUCCUAUGGAUGUUCUUGUACUGAUGCAGGAGCCUGUUGUACCUGGUUGUUUCCUCCGAGCUCGUGCUAUAGGAUUGAUGCCUAUGAUUGAUCAGGGUGAGAAAGAUGACAAAAUAAUUGCAGUAUGUGUUGAUGACCCUGAGUACCGUCAUUACAGAGACAUCAAGGAACUCCCACCACAUCGCCUAGCUGAGAUCCGCCGUUUUUUCGAGGACUAUAAGAAGAAUGAGAACAAGUCUGUUGCAGUGGAGGACUUUCUGCCUGCUGAGGCUGCUGUGGGAGCUAUCCUUCAAUCUAUGUAUGUGGUUAAUUAUAUGUUGGAUAAUUGCAUUUUCUUCGAUUCCUUACCGUUUGUUCUCCAUCUUCAUCUAGAAAAUCCUAUAAAAUGUAGUCAUUUAGAGCCCUCUAAUCAGCAAAAUUUGCUACAGGGUCCUUUAUGCCGCCUAUACGGUUCAAGGCUUGCUGCUUUGAUUUGUUUGGUGCCAAUUGGAGCAAUGAUUGCAACUGUAUAUCACAUGAAUGUUGGUGUUUUUCUACUCUUUGAUGGAGACUGGAAAACUGAUGAUUGUGGGGUUAGUUCUUUUGUCUCAAGUUCGUGUCGUGGUGUGAAUGUACCCCGAAAUGCUACAUAUGAAGAGUUAGCUUCAAUUGUCUAUAAUGCUACAUGUGUGGACAAACUAAGAUAUGACUUAGUGUUCAAGGUAAAGUAUAAUAUGCUAAUGAUCAAUUCUCCUCCUGCAACAAUCAUUGGAGAUAGCGAUGUGGCGUUCUAUUUACAAAAACUCUCGUCUUCACUGCCCAAUCAUCGCGCCCCGCUAUGUGUCUCCUUAGUAGAGAAGCUUGGAAUUGGAGCUGCUUUUCCUGAUCAACAUCUGGUGGAUUAUUGUUCCUGA